AUGAAUCGUCAUCAUCCAUACGGAGGCGGAGGCUACGAUGGCCAACGAGGUGGCUCAUUUUCAGGUCCAGGUCCUGAAAGGCACCACAGAGGUGGUGGACGUGGUAGAGGAAACUUCGGAAGAGGUCGCGGAGGGGGUGGUGGUGGAAGUGGUGGAGGGGGUUAUGGCCAGAGCACCGGCGGGGGUGCAAGUUACGACGGAAAUAUGAGCUACAGCGCUUAUGAUCAACCCCAAGAGGACAUGAAUGGCUACAACUCUAACUAUGAUUCGUCCAACUCAUAUUAUCAGAACCUCGGUGGUUCUUCUCAAUACGGUUACAAUCAGGGCUACGGAAAACAGGAAGAUGAUACUGUUUUCGAAGAGGAUAGUCUAGGGCGCAUACGUCGGCCUGUUCGUAAAGAUCGAGAUGACAAAGUACAUGACUCAAUAAUUGAGCAGCGUAUUCAACGGGAGCGUCCCUGCAGAACACUCUUCAUUCGUAACAUUAAGUAUGAGACCAACAGUAGUGACGUGCGGCGACUGUUUGAAGAGCAUGGUGAUAUCAAAACAUUCUUCGAUCUCAUAUCAACACGAGGCAUGGUCUUCGUUACUUAUUAUGACCUACGGGCUGCAGAGCGCGCUAGAGAGCGGUUACAGGGCUCCGAAAUCAGUGGUCGGCCCAUUGAUGUACAUUACUCUUUACCUCGGGACGAUCGGGGGGAAGACAAGAAUAGUUUACAAGGGUGUUUACAAGUCACCCUCAGAAACUCCCCCUCGGGGCAAAUGAUUGACGACAAUGAGGUUCGUCGAAAAUUCCAACAAUUCGGUGAUGUGAAGUCGGUACAACCAGUUGGAGAACGUAUCGAUUCUCGUUAUGUUGAAUUCUAUGAUACACGAGCGUGUGACGACGCAUAUGACCGAUUAAGACACCAGAGUCUUCAAGAUGGGGUUAUGGAUAUCUCAUUCGCCUGGGAUGUAAAUGACGGAGGCGCUCAAGGCUCGCAUCGGCCCAAUAAUUGGGAGGAAGGUGGCAGACGAGGAGGUCGUGGAGGGGGUGGUCGUGGUCGCGGUGGUGGGCGUGGAGGUCGUGGAGGAGGGGGUGGGAACCGCGGUGGGCCUGACGACGACUAUGAACGUAAAGAUACUUUUGGGCGAGAACGCGGUGGCGGAAGAGGUGGCCGCGGUGGUGGUGGUGGUGGUGGUGCAGGACGCUAUGAGGACGACUGGAGCAACCGCAAAGAUAACUUUAAUGACCGAUAUGAAGGCCCUCGAUUCGGUCCGAAUUCCAACAAUUUUGGGACCAAUACAGCAGGACCUACAUUCAACCCGCCUCCGCCGGCCCCGUUGCAACCACAAUCUUCUGAUGACAGACUGGAACAAGCGAAGAAGGUCCAACAGCUUCUGGCUGCUUUGAAACAGCCUGCAUCCAAUGCACCCCCAGUACCUCCUCCCGGCUCCGCGCCACUUCCACCGAUUCCUGGUGUGCCCCCUCAAAUGACUCAAUCCCUUGCCGCAACUCCUAUGCACAAUCCCUAUUAUCCUCCUCCAGGACCAGGAGGACACCAGCCACCAUAUCUUGCUCCCAACAUGUACGGUCCACCACCCGGACAAUCAUCAAACACCACUCAGACCGGUGCAGCCCCGCCACCGAUCGUCUCACCGCCUCCUCCUGCGGUACUAAAUGCACUUCCGCCCAAUGUUCUUGCGUUGCUACAAUCUGCGCAGCAGCAACAGCAACCUGGAGGUGGCCCACCACCUGGGAUGCCAUAUUCUAUGCCUUCGCCCAUGAUGGGGACACCACCUCCAGGAGCGGGAGCACCAGGGAAUGCUUCAUAUCAGCAACUAAUGGCAAUGAUGCAGAACAAGCGUCCGUAAGAGCUUGUGAAAACAGAGUCAGGACUCCUACGGCGGCAGAGUUGACGAAUAGUCGGAGCGUACACUGGUAGAUAUAAUUGCAUUAUACCUACAAAUGCUCACAAGACGAUUUUCCAUUUCAUUCAUUCCCUCUCUUUGUUCGUUCUGGAGAAUACAUGUGCUCCACUUCGUUUCCUAGUUGCUCCUCUGAUAUUCUUAUUUUUCUUAUUUUCCUGAUUUUCAUUGCCCCCUUCUCUACUAUACUAUUACCAUGAUAUACUGUAAGAUAUUGUGUAGUCAGCUGUCGGUUGGUUUCUUCUUACAGCUGAGGACAAUUCGGAAUGUAGCCUCUACUUUUCAUGAUUGGUGAUCUCUAUUUUUUUUACUGAACUCGCAACGAUGCAAUUACUAAUGCUGAAAUCUCCAGAAGCAUGUUCAAGGGUACGCCCUCGCGGUUGCAAAGAUCCCCCACAGCACGACAUGAACAUUUAAAUACCCGAAAGCACUAAACUUGCUACAUGACGAGGUAAUGGAUAGCUCGCGCUGUACUUUCGGGGAGACAUGCAGUUGGAGACAGGUCGAUAUGGAUUCGGCCAAACCCGACCAAACUUCAGAAGCUUUGAAGCCUGGCCGAGCACAUCACUACUUGGUACGGUGCACCGACGGCUGGUACAUCGUCAAUCUGAGCGUGUACAUGCGCUGGCGCAUAUAAAGUAGGCACGUUUUUACAUGUACGUCAGGC